UUCAUUUGCGUCCAAGGUCAUUCUCUAUUAAAAUGUGAAAAAUUGGCUCUCAAAUCAAAUGUGUAUACUUUUGUCUUCGUUUUGAUGCCAAUCAGAAGUCUGUCAGUCUCCUCCCAUUUUCCUUGAAGAUCUACCUUAAGCGCUGUAUCGGUGAUUCCUAUAUCUGACUCACCCUCCAUUCUUGAUUUUAUUUUUCCUGUUUUAAUUCCAUUAUAUUAUCAAAGUUGCCAUCUGAUCUUUAUCUCAUUGAAUCCAUUUGCUUCAAUCGACUUCUUUGGUUCUUUUAUCAUAGAUCGACCUGUCUUUCGUUACCCAUUUGCUUCAAUGGACCAAAAUGCCUCUUUUAUUUUUGAAGUUCUUUCCUUUUCUCUUUAGAUUGUUAAAGAUCUGCUGAGUUGUUUGUUAUAAUAUCCCAAUUAGCUUAAACAAACAAAAGGGUAUCUCAAAAUGUCUUCAAUUCGAGUUGAUUCUUCAAAGCAAUUAGCCACGAGCAGUCUUGUGCUGGGUUAUGCUCUUUGUUCAAGCUUACUUGCUGUGAUUAACAAGUUUGCUAUUACUAAAUUUAACUAUCCCGGUCUCUUAACUGCAUUGCAGUACUUGACUUCUGCAUUGGGUGUUUGGAUUUUUGGAAAGUUAGGAUUUUUGCAUCAUGAUGCUUUCAGUUACGAAACUGCUAAGAAGUUCUUACCUGCGGCAAUUGUUUUUUAUUUGGCAAUCUUUACUAAUACCAAUCUCUUGCGUCAUGCCAAUGUGGAUACCUUUAUAGUAUUCAGAUCUUUGACACCCCUUUUGGUUGCUAUUGCUGAUACUAUGUUUAGAAAACAACCUAUUCCAUCAAAGCUUACAUUCUUGUCCUUGUUUAUCAUAUUGGGUGGUGCUGUUGGAUAUGUGGCUACAGAUUCUGCUUUUACUUUGACAGCUUACUCUUGGGCAUUUGCUUAUCUGGUGACUAUAACUUCUGAGAUGGUUUAUAUUAAACACAUUGUUUCAAAUGUUGGGUUGAACACUUGGGGUCUUGUGUAUUACAACAAUUUGUUGUCAUUGAUGAUAGCUCCUGUGUUUUGGGUUCUCACAGGAGAGUAUAGUGAGGUGUUUGCUGCUUUAGGUUCAAAUGGUGGGAAUUGGUUCAAAUUCGAUGCUUUUUCUGCAGUGUCUUUGUCUUGUGUGUUUGGUUUGGCUAUUAGUUUCUUCGGAUUUGCGGCAAGGAGGGCAAUAUCCGCAACUGCAUUUACUGUGACUGGUGUGGUUAAUAAGUUCCUUACAGUUGUGAUCAAUGUGCUCAUUUGGGAUAAGCAUGCCACUCCAUUCGGUUUGCUUUGCCUCCUCUUCACACUUUCUGGAGGUGUUGUUUAUCAGCAGUCAGUAACUAGAACCGGAAAUGAGCCUGUUAAUAAGCAGGCAGACAGUAAAAACGAUGGUGAUGAAGAGAGUGAACUUAUAAAAAAAAAUGAUGGUGAUGAGGAGAACUAAGGGAGGAGCAUAUAUGGUAAACACGCUUCUGUAUGAAAACUGUUAUUCCAUAUGGUUUUGUAGUCUGUUUAUCCUUAAUGAUGAUUCAAAUAGGGUUAUUGUGAUGCAUGGAGGUUUUAUCUCUAGUACUAGGGGUUAAAAGAGUAUCUUAGCUGUAUAAGAUAAGAACGAUUUUAUUUUCAAUCUAUGUAUCCUUAUUUGUGGUUUACUAAUUUGAUAAAUGCUUUGGUCCUUCCUCUU